GAGUCAUGAUAUAUCUCUGUUUGCGUGUGGCAAAGGCUCGGGAUAUCGAUCGAUCCUUUUGGGAUCGGUCAGGCGUGUCGUCUGCGCUAAGACGCAAGUAUUGUGUGGGCAACACAAUGGAUCAUAAUACACUUCCAACCAACGGACUGCCGUUUGGAGUACAAUCGUGACAAUAGAGCAUGUUUUGGGUUAACGUUUAAAUUUCAGCAAGAAGAUUUCCUUGCUUUUCGUCGGGAGGUGAAGAUAACGAUGGUCAAAUAUUCGUCAACAUCAACCGAAAACAUGACAUGAAUCAUGUGAAUAGGAGAAUAGCCACAGCAUACAGGUAGACUGUGUUAUCGUAGGUAGAAAGCAGAUCGAAGCCGAAAUACACAAGUUAAUGAAUGGAAUAGCCGACGUAAACGAGUGUGUAUCAUCGUCUACUUUCAUUUUCUGCAGAUGCACACGAAAAAUUGAAUCUUCAGUCACUGGUACGCUAAUCAUGCCCAUGGUCACAGGAUAACAUCAGCGAGGUCUCCAUCGUUUCCACAUCUUAUGCGACUGGCAAUACUUAUGUGACUGACAGGGAUUAUGAAAAUAUAAAUCGCAAUGGAUGCUUAUAGCAGACCGUUUCAUCUCGCAUUGUUCUUGCUAUCAUGGUGGGAUGUAUCACUCGUGGCGAGCCAAUUUGUUCUCCAGCCAACAGACGUAGCGGUUGUUUUUCCUCGAGCGGUAACACUUGACUGUGUCUUCGAUGGGGACAUAGUAUCAAGGCCGGUUUUCUGGCACCGCUACACCGGCGAUCCCCCGGUCAAGGAAGAACUCUACAACACGCGAGACAACCGCUUUUUCAUUGCCGGUGACCGCAACGACGGUCAUUAUAACCUCUUCAUUAACGCGACGCGGUUAAGCGAUAGCGGGCUCUACGGCUGCAGUUACGGAACCGCGUCAACGCGGAACGCGACGCUGACUGUGCUUCCAACAUCGUGGAUACCCGUGUGCGAGAAGACACCGGAAAGUGAGCGGACGCUCGUGGGUGAUAGUGUCGAACUUGGGUGCUCGUCUACGGGGUCGUCGUCGACUUCGCUUCAAUGGCUACGUAAUGGUGCGCUAAUUGGCCCGGGUAGUAUAACACGCGAUGACACCAUGGUGAGUGUGUCACACUUUGAAAUAGUACCCAGUGACUCCUCUAUCACCUUCACGUGUAAUGCCUCCCUACCAGGGCUCGACCAGCGCUACCAGUGCACGCUCGGUCCGUACCCCGAGAGCGAUUCGAACUCGGGAACCACUGCCCUGAUUCCGUUCAUCAUCGUCGGGAUUCUUAGUGUCGUGGUCAUCCUCCUCUUUGUCAUCGUUCUCUUCAUUCUCUUUCGACAUCGACGGUGUCGUUUUUGUCAGGAACAACCAGUGGAGCCCCAGAUGGUUCUCGAUGCCGAGGCCAUCGCAGCUGGUCGUGGCUUUACAACCAUAAUCCGAGAUGAUGACGAUGAUGAUGGCGAUGGCGAUGAGGCUGUCGGAGGGGAUAGUGUUGACAAUCCCACCCUGAGUGACAGCCAACCAGAUCUCUUAUCGUCCAUUAUCAGUCCUUCAACCAUAGCUCAGAAAUCCCCCAACAGCACCUUACGUCAAAACAUGAACCACAACAGGGAAUCGGUGGCGCCGAAGAAGCCAUCCGAUGUCGAAAAGCUUCGACCUUCUGAACUCAGAAGAAUGAAGAAAAAACGCACGCUCUCUAGCAGAUCGGGGCAAUCUCAACGAGAACCAUCACCUUCAGUCUCGUCAUCAACCUCUUCAAGCAGGGACGCACCAAAAUCAACAUCCCCGGUGAGUGUCGAUCACAAUAUAACUCCACGCAGCACGUCUACGACAUCAAUCGACAAUCAAAUUGACCAGUCACAGCCCGGAACGUCACAGGGUACAAACCAUUCCGGUAUUAACAAUCUCGAUGCUUCGGUCGGGAGGAAAAACAGAUUCACAAGAAAAAAGAACUCUAGGAAGUCGUCAAGUCCAUCGGGCGCUUCAUCUACUUCCCCUCGGAACAUCUCCGAGCCAGGAAGCAGUGCGACGCGACAAUCGGAAUCGGUCAUCUAUGCCGAGCUAGACUUCAGCAAGAACGUUGGUAUGAAUAUACUCGGUGAUGAACAUUUGUAAUUAUAUUAUUCUUUUAUUCCAAAGGCAACUGAAGGACAUCUUGUGCCAUUAUUGAUCAUGGUAUUGAGGUACAGAUGAUUGUGUUAGUUUUUUUUAUUGAUAACCUUUUCUUUAAUGAAAAAAAAUGCUCACACACCCACAGCACAGGUACAAUGAGAAAUUUGUGUCAUUGUUAAUAUUUGUGGUAGUUUCAAUUUCACAGUUCAGAAUCAGAUUGUCUGUGCACCCUUUCUCGGCAAAUUUAGCUUAUCAAUAUGUACCCUAUUAACCUAUUGCAAAGGUUUUAUUCGCAUACAAAAAUAUUUGCAAAAGCGAUAGUAAAUUGGAUUAUCGAAAUUUCAUAGAUAAUAUACAUUUACCUCGAUAAAUAAUUGUUUCAGGAAAUGUUUAAUCAACAAUAUGUCUGAAUUGUGGCAUUGCAAGAAAACAUUUUAUUCAAAUCACUUGACAAGGAUACAUUCGUGUCUGAUUAACCUCAUGAUGUAUAGGCCUACUGUAAUAGAAUGGAGUGAUCCUCAAAAUCAUUUGAGUUUCAGUAAUUCUAAAAUUUUAUGUCACAGAAUAUGGGCAUUGAAAUUUAUAAGAUUAAUUUAUAAUCUUAUGUUUGUUAUUGGUUUUAAGUUUUUGUGUUGUUAUUCAACCGUAUUCAACGUAUUAUUUACUUAUUAUUUGUGUCAUUUUUACCCAUUUUGUGUGUGCAAGCUCUGAUUAAUCCUUCCUCUUGAACUAAGCCGGGUUUUCCCUCACACUCUAAAUUACAGGGAUUUAAAAUAAGUCUAGAUGGAUUGUAGUUAGGGACCAAUCGAUUUCUGGAUUUUGUUUUAAUCCUAAAGACUUAAAUUUAAAUCUCAAAUGAUUUAAAUUCAAAUUAAAUUUAAAUCUUUCGAGAUUUAAAAAAGGAAUCUGAAGGAUUCAAUUAAAUCCGGAAUUCGAUUGGUCCCUAACUACAGUCCAUGUGGACUAAUUUUAAAUCCCUGUAAUUUAGAGUGGCACAACACACACUAAAAUCACGAUUUAUUUCUAAUCCAUUGUUGCGAGCUAUUGAGUGAAGUUACAGGGAUGCUCCGGAUUGAAAAUAAUAUGAUGUAAACAGAUAAAGAAGAAUCGGAUAAACAAAACACUAAAAAUUUGAUCAAAAUCGGAUAAGGAAUAACAAAGUUAUGGCAUUCUAAACAUUUGCAUUAUUCCUGUGAAACAGUUCUAGGCAUGCCAUCAUGAAUAUUCAUUAAGCAAAUUGAUGAUGUCAUAAUCCCCACUUGUUCUUUUGUAUUUUAUUAUAUGAAAUUAGGUUAAUUCAAUUUAUUUCUACCAAGAACUGAAAAAUUUGGAUUGACAACUGAUUUAAUGCACUAGAUAUUGAUUGCUGCAACUUAUUUCAUUAUGAAGGAGACACAUUGUUCACACAUGUAUGGAAAAAUGAAGCAAUUAUGAUUUAAUGUAAUAACAUAAGAAAAAGGAAAGUUGAGAUGUGACAUCAUCAGCCCACCUAAUGAAUAUUCAGGAUGACGUGCAUAUAACUAUUUUCACAAAAUAUUGCGUAACUUUAAAAUUCAAUAACUUCGUUAUUUGUUAUCCGAUUUUGACGAAAUUUUCAACAUUUAGCUAAGUGUAUUUUACUCUAUUUAUUUAGAUAUGUAUAUCCCUAUAAAAAUACAUAAAAUUGGUACUUAGUAAACAUAUACAUGUAAUACGAAGAAUUUCAAUAGGAUAAAUGGGCACAAUCAUUCACUUUUUAAAAGUAUAUUAAGAGAAAUCGAUUGCAAUGUUUGUGACAAUUCAUAAUUUAUCAAUUUAUAUUCAUUUUGUGUUUUUGUCUUUCAAUAUACACUGUCUUUCAUUUGUAUUUCCAUCGUUAUUUCGACAAUCAUUUUGUUCUAACCUGAAAUCGACGCAUUUUCUAGCACACACUCAUGGCAGUACAUGUAUUUACCGUCGAGGAAAAGAGUUUUGCUAAUAUUACUAUAAACUUCGUUUUCUAUGAUAA